AUGACCAGGAGGAAGUUAUACUGGGUCCCUGGGUCUUCUGGUGGUGUGGUGAAUCUCGGCAUGGAUGUGGGUGAUGACACGGUUUCAGGACUUAGCUACAAAACAUACGCUCCUGAAGACAGCCCCUGGAGCCAGCCGGCCCGGAAGCCUGGGAGCCCAGGGCGCGGGGGCCCCGCUGCGGGGAAGCCUGGGACCUGGAGGAAGCUGCUGCCCCUCCGCCGCAGGCCGCGGUUCCCUUCCCCCCACCCCCUGGAUGAUGCCAGCCUGCUCUCCUACCUCACGAUGUGGUGGGUCAACCCCUUCAUGAUCGGAGGUCUGCAGAAACGCUUAGACGAGAGCACCAUCCCCCUCCGAAUUUCAGUUGGCUCAAUGUUCCUCUUUCCAAGGCUUCGCCUCUUUUGGGAAGAAGAAGUCUCAAGGCACGGGACUGAAAAAGCCUCAGUGCUCCGAGCGAUGCUGAGAUUCCAAAGAACAAGGGUUAUUAUGUUCAUCUCCCUGGGCUGCUGCUUCUCCAUCAUGGGUGUGCUGGGGCCGAUGCUGAUUAUACCGAAGGUCCUGGAAUAUUCCAAAGCGUGGCAUGGGAAUACUGUCUACGGAGUAGGACUCUGCUUGGCCUUGUUUUUCACUGAGUGUGUGAAGUCUCUGAGUCUGUCCGCAUGUUGGGUUGUUAGCCAGUACAUGGGAAUACAAUUUCGUUCAGCCGUCUCCUCCCUCGCCUUUGAGAAGCUAAUACAGUUUAAGGCUGUAACGCACAUCACCACGGGAGAGGCCAUCAGUUUCUUCAACAACGACGUAAACUACCUGUUUGAAGGAGUGUACUAUGGUCCUCUGACUAUUAUAAGCAGUUUUUUACUGAUUUCCACCUGCAUCUCCUCCUACCUCAUGCUCGGACCCACCACGCUGAUUGCCACUUCUUGCUACCUCCUGGCUUUACUGCUGAUGGUGCUCCUGACCCUCAUGAUUAUGAAGAGACAGAGACACACCUCAGAGAUCAGAGGCCAGCGCAUCCGUGUGACCAGCGAAGUUCUCACCUACAUUAAGCUGGUUAAAAUGUACACCUGGGAGAAACCAUUUGCAAAAAUAAUUAAAGACCUUAGGAGCAAGGAAAGGAAACUGAUAGAGAAGACUGGGUUUAUCCAAAGCCUGAACACCAUGCUGCUGUUUAUAACCCCCACUGUGGUCAUGGUCGUGAUGUUCCUCGCCCACAUAGGCCUAAAGCUGGAGCUCACAACUUCCAAAGCCUUCACCGUCAUGGCCAUCUGGAACACCAUGCGGCUGUCGGUGUUACUCAUGCCCUUCUCCAUCAAAGGCCUCUCUCAGUCCAGGCCUGCGGCAGAGAGGUUGAAGAAGUUCUUCCUCCAGGAGAGCCCUGUUCUGUAUGUCCAGGCACUGAAAGACCCCAGCAAAGCGCUAGUUUUGGAUGAGGCCACCUUGUCCUGGCAGAAGACCUGCCCCAGGGCUGUCAGUGGAGCCUGGGAGCUGGAGAGGAACAGAUACAGGCCCAAGGGGACGACCGGGCCUCAGCCACCUCAAGGUGCCCUCGGGGCAGAGGACACAAGGGACAGCCUGGCUCCAGAGUUGCACAAGAUAAACCUGGUGGUAUCAAAGGGGACCACGUUAGGGGUCUUCGGCAGCACCGGGAGCGGCAAGAGUAGCCUGUUGUCAGCCAUACUGGGGGAGAUGCACCUGCUGGAGGGCUCCGUGGGCGUGCAUGGGGACCUCGCCUACGUCCCCCAGCAGGCCUGGGUCCUCAUGGGCAGCAUAAGGGACAACAUCCUCCUGGGAAGCCAGUAUGACCAGGCCUGGUACCUCCAAGUGCUGCACUGCUGCUGCCUGGACCGCGACCUGGAGAGCCUGCCCUUCGGAGACAUGACAGAGAUCGGGGAGCGGGGCCUCAACCUUUCCGGGGGGCAGAAACAGAGGAUCAGUCUGGCCCGAGCUGUCUACUCUGACCGUGAUAUCUACCUGCUGGACGACCCCCUGUCGGCCGUGGACACCCACGUGGGGAAGCACAUCUUUGAGGAGUGCAUUAAGAAGGCGCUCAGGGGGAAGACAGUCGUCCUGGUGACCCACCAGCUGCAGUAUUUACAGUUCUGUGACCAAAUCAUUUUGCUAGAAGACGGGAAAAUCUGUGAAAAGGGGAUUCCCAGUGAGUUAAUACAGAAAAAGGAGCGCUACACCCACUUCAUCCAGAAGAUGCACAAGGAAGCCACCCAGGACACGCUUUGGCACAUAACAAAAGCAGCUGAAGAGCCUCCGGUGGAAGGCCAGGCCCAGGCCACCCCCCAGGAAAAGCCUCUUGGUGACAAUGCAGGACAGGAAAAUCAGCUCACGAAGAGGGAGAAGAUGGAAAAAGGGUCCCUGCCAUGGCGUGUCUACCACCACUACAUCCAGGCGGCCGGAGGGUACGUGGUCACUUUCAUGGUUUUCCUCCUCAUGGUGAUACUCGUCAGCCUCUCGGCCUUCAACAUGUGGUGGCUGAGCUAUUGGUUGGAGCAGGGCUCAGGGACCAACAGCAGCCAAGAGAGCAACAGAACCAUGGCGGACUUGGGUGACAUACUUGACAACCCCUGCCUGCCCUUCUACGAGCUGGUGUAUGGCCUCAGCGCCCUGGCCCCAGCCUGUGUGGGGGUCUCCUUCUCGUGGGUGUUCACCAAGGUCACGAGGAAGGCAUCCAUGGUGCUGCACAACAAACUCUUCAACAAGGUUUUCCUCUGCCCCAUGAGCUUCUUUGACGUGACCCCCAUAGGCCGACUCCUGAACUGCUUUGCGGGGGACUUGGAUGAGCUGGACCAGUUCUUGCCCGUUGUGACUGAAGAUUUUAUGAUCCUGUUCCUGAUGGUGGUCAUCAACCUGGUGAUGGCCAGUGUACUGUCUCUUUAUAUCCUGCUGAUAGGAGUCAUCUUAAGCAUCGUCUGCGUCAUUUAUUAUGUGAAGUUCAAGAGGGCCGUAAGCGUGUUCAAGAGGCUGAAGAACUACAGCCAGUCCUUUCUGUUCUCACAUAUCCUCACCUCGCUGCAUGGCCUGAGCUCCAUCCAUGUCUAUGGAAAAACUGAAGACUUCAUCAGCAAGUUUAACAAGCUGACUGAUGUACAUAACAACUACUUGAUGAUGUUUCUGUCUUCCAUGCGAUGGCUGGCAUUGAGGAUGGAGCUCAUAACCAACCUGGUCACCUUGACCGUGAUCUUGUUUGUGGCUUUCGGCACUUCUUCUGUUUCCUAUUCCUAUAAAGCCAUGGCUACCAGCUUUAUCCUGCAGUUGGCAUCCAGCUUCCAGGCCACCGUGAGGAUGGGCUCGGAGAUGGAGGCAUACUUCAUGGGGGUGGAGAGGAUACUGCAGUACAUGAAGAUGUGUGCCCCUGAGGCUCCUUUGCACAUAGAAGGCACGAACUGUCCCCAUGGGUGGCCGCAGCACGGGGAGAUCUGCUUCCAGGAUUAUCAGAUGAAAUACCGAGACAACACCCCCAUUGUCCUCAAUGGCAUCAGCCUGACCAUUCGUGGCCAAGAAAUGGUGGGCAUCGUGGGAAGGACGGGCUCCGGGAAGUCCUCCUUGGGGUUGGCGCUCUUUCGUCUGGUGGAGCCUGCGGCGGGCCGGAUUCUCAUAGACGGCGUGGACAUCAGCAGUGUUGGCCUGGAGGACCUGCGGUCCAAGUUCUCCAUUAUUCCUCAGGAUCCUGUGCUGUUCUCAGGAACCAUCAGAUUAAACCUAGAUCCCUUUGACCGCCACACAGACGAGCAGAUCUGGGACGUCUUGGAGAGGACAUUCCUGAGCAAGACAAUCUCAAAGUUACCGCAGAGGCUGCAGGCGAAAGUGGAGGAGAAUGGCCAGAACUUCUCGGUGGGGGAGAGGCAGCUGCUCUGCGUGGCGCGGGCCCUGCUGCGCAGCUCCAAGAUCAUCUUCAUUGAUGAAGCCUCCGCCUCCGACGUGGAGACAGACACCUUGAUCCAGCGCACGAUGUGCGAAGCCUUCCGGGGCUGCACCAUGCUCGUCAUUCAAGCUCACCGCAUCACCACCAUCCUCAGCUGUGACCGCAUCCUGGUCAUGGACAAAGGCAAGGUUGUGGAGUUUGACAGCCCUGAGGUCCUGCAGAAGAAGCCCGGGUCCAUGUUUGCAGCCCUGCUGGCAGCAGCCAACUCGCAGAGCUGA